AAUGCAUUAACUCUCCACGUAUAUGCAUUAAUACUACAACUGCAAGUGUGUAUGUAGAUAUGAUACUAAUCAUGAUUUAAUAUUACAUAUAAAUGCCAAUUUGCUAUUCUGGAAAUAAUUGUAAUAGAGAAAAAGGGAUAAAAAUAGUUGGUAUCCUGGAGAAUUUACAUAAACAUUCAUCAUUAACCGUGUCCAUAGUGUGUGCCGUUCAUCUCCGUCAUAAUACCACUUGGCCAAGUUACCGGUGAUCCUGAGGAAUUUGAGCUCUUCCGUUUUACUUCGGAGACAAAGCCCAAUCACCAUGAUUCGAUUUAUUGUCUUCCUUCUUUGUGUGACAAUCAUCAUUCCAAUAGUUGUACCACGAGCAGUCGAACCAGCUUGGUAUGGCAAGUGUGUGAAGUACUGUAAACCCAAAGACAAACCCCCACAAGUUGUGGGCUACCAGAGAGGGUGCAUAUCAGACCAUAAUUGCACGUACUGCAAAUUCUUUGCCUGUCCGGAGUUUUCGGUCUGUGGGAACGGGGAGGUACCAGAGCCAACUCGUGACAAAAUUUGCAUGGCCUGUCCAGGAGAAUGUCUUUACCUCGGAGAAACGUACGCGCAAGGUGAAUCCGGUAUCAUGUCGGUGGAUACUGUAAAUGAAUGUGUUUGUCGCGGGUUCAUUCCUCAGAUAGUAUGCCAGAAAAUAGAACCGCAACCAUCGCCAGAUGUGUUUUGUGAAUAUUGACAUUUUGACUGGAUGUGACGCGUGUUAUGAAACACGUGUAAGUGUCACUUCAUGUCAUCCCUAUGUACAGUAAAAAGACUUACAAUAGUAUUACUCUUGAUAGCGGUAUUUAUGGUAUGGUAUUACCUAUGUUCUCGGUAAUAGGACAUUUACGGCUUUGUUCUAUUGGGGGAGUAUUACAUCUGUACAGUCUUCCUUGCAAAAUGAAUUAGCUAAUAACCGGUGAAUAUAUACUACUGUUUCUAGCACGCGUGUUUAUUUCUUAAAAAGACCAGGGUACAUUUUCUCGAGCAAAAUCUUGUACAUUGAAAUACAGAAUUACAUUAUACCUGUUUCCAAAUAUAAACAAGGUUUGAAAAAUAAAUGUUUUGUAUUAAA